AAUUGAUGUACAUGGAUAUGGAAGUUGAGAACAAUAUCUAUUAAGAAGAAGGAGAUAAUCGAAAUGUAAAGUGUCGUUUAGUAAAUAACCAUAACAAGAGAACAAAUUAAGUAGAAUCUUUUUAGAGAGAUUGCUAAAUAUAGAAAAGGAAAGAAUAAACUUAUAAAGAUAAUGUAAAUUAUAAUGAUAUAGAAUAAUAAAAAUUUGCAAAGAACUUAUAACAAUAAGAAAGGAAAUUAAAGUUGAGAUAAAAAAGAAUGUAAAAGCAAAUUGAUUAUAAACAGGAUGAAGAAAAGAUGCAAGCAAAACCUAAAAGAAAAGUUAAAAAUUAAUAACCAGAUAGAUAAAUUUGA